AUGGUUCUGCUUGACUCCAGAGCUCCGGAGCUGGAGACGCCCAUCUCCAGCGCACCGCCCCGGCUGCUGGAUCGGUUCCUCCCGCUGCCGGAGCCUCAGUGUCCGCCUGGAUGUGGAUCACCGCCGCUGUUCUACCGCAACAGUAAUGAGAGAGGGUUUGACGUGUGUGAGUUCUUGUGGUGGUUCUGUGCAGGCGGGUCGGGUGUUUGGGCCAUCACAGCGGAGGAGAGGGGGAAGCAUGACAAGCAGUUCGACAGCCUCGGCCCGGUCCUCGGACACGUCUCAGGAGAACAAGCCAGAAAGUUCUUCCUCCAGUCCGGACUCCCUCCCGCGGUUCUGGCCGAGAUCUGGAACCUGGCCGACCUGGAGGGCGACGGGAAGAUGGACCGGCUGGAGUUCUCCAUCGCCAUGAAGCUGAUCAAGCUCAAGCUUCAGGGCCGGAGCCUCCCGUCGGCGCUGCCCGGCGUCAUGAAGCAGCUCCCGCCGUCCGGCGGCGGAUCCGGCGGCGCUGCAUCGGCUCGACUCGGAAUGGGUUCGAUGCCCAACCUGUCCGUGGGUCUGUCCUCCAUGUCCUCCAUCCUAACCCCCAUCCCAGCUAACCCCGGCCUGCAGCCCCCGGUGCAGCCUCUGCUCCAUCAUCCUCUGGGUCAACCUCUGGGUCCGCCUCUGGGUCCCUCGGGGCUCCACAACGGCAGCCUGCUGACGCCGCCGCCGGCCCCCAACAGCGCAGCGCUGCCUCUGUCGGGGUUCUCCUCUCCCAUGACGUUCUCUCCGUCCAGCGGCAUGUCGAAGGCCAACUCUCUGCUCGACCUCGGAUCCAGCAGUUCCAACUCCUCCUCCACCACGUCUCUGGCCAGCAACUCUCCGAAGAUGGGCUCCAGCGACUGGGCGGUUCCUCAGGCGUCGAGGCUGAAGUACCGGCAGCAGUUCAACACGCUGGACAAACUCAUGAGUGGAUACCUGUCAGGUGAGUCGCUGGCCCACUCAUUGACGUUAGCGGACGUGGACAAAGACGGGCAGCUGCGGGCCGACGAGUUCAUCCUGGCCAUGCACCUGGUGGACAUGGCCAAGACCGGCCGUCCUCUGCCGCUGACGCUGCCUCAGGACCUGGUUCCUCCGUCGCUCAGAGGAGGGAUGAAGUCCAGCGAGCUGGUGAACGGAACCGGUCCGUACAUAACCCCGUGUCUGAUCGACACCGUGGAGGUCGAACCUGCCCAGAAGAACAAGAGCAGCGUGUCCUUCGAGGACAAGCUGAAGGAGAACUUCGCCCGAGGCAGCGCCGAGCUGGAGAAGAGACGCCUGGCGCUGGAGGAGGAGCAGAGGAAGGAGAAGGAGAGGAGGGAGCGGGAGGAGAGGGAGGCCGUGGAGCGCCGAGAGAGGGAGGCCCGCGAGCAGGAGAACCGCCGGAGGCUGGAGGAGGAGAGGAGGCUGGAGAGGCAGAGGGAGAUGGAGAGGCAGCGGGAGGAGGAGAGGCUGAGGGAGCUGGAGAGGAAGGAGGCGGCCAAGCAGGAGCUGGAGCGCCAGCGGAGGGAGGAGUGGGAGCUGAGGAGGAGGGAGGAGCUGGGCCGGAGGAGGGAGGGCGAGCAGGAGGAGAUCAGCCGCCUCAGGGCCAAGAAGAAGAGUCUGGAGCUGGAGCUGGAGGCCGUGGGCAACAGGCACAAGCAGAUCUCCGACCGUCUCCGUGACGCCCAGAGCAAGAGGAGGAUCCACAAGGCCGAGGUGGAGCUGGUCAACCAGAAGAGGGACGCUCGCAUCGCCGAGAUCAACAGCCUGCAGCUGCAGUUCGAGGACUGGCAGAGGAAGCUCUCCCAGCUGGUCCCGGAGCAGCAGAAGCUGACGGAGAAGCUGAGGAGCAUCGGGACCAACAAGGUCUCCGCCUCCACCCUGAGCUCCCUGAGCAGCAACGUGACCGAGAAGAGCUUCUCGUGUCGCCGUCUGAAGGACCAGCUGGACCUCCUGGAGCAGGAGACGACGGACAAGCUGGCCCAGAUGGAGCAGUACAACCAGGAGCUGCAGUUUGGGGAUCUGGACGACUGUGUCCUGAGAGGCCUUCUGUCUCUGCUGGCCUGCCUCACUCAGCUCUUCCUCCUCAUCAAGGAGCUGAGGGAGAAGCAGGUGAAGCAGCAGAGCGUCCUGGACGAUCUGCACAGAGUGAAGGAGGAGAAGCUGAAGGAGCUGCAGAGACGCCGAGAGGAGGAGCGAGAGAGGAGGAGGAGGGAGGAAGAGGAGGCGGCCAGACAGGCGAAGCUGGAGCAGGAGAGGAGGCAGAGGGAGGAGGAGGAGGCCCGGCAGAGGAGGCUGCAGGAGGAAGAGGAGGCCCGGCAGAGGAGGCUCCUGGAGGAGCAGAAGGAGGCUCAGGAGCGACUCCGAGCCGCCCAGCAGGAAGCACAAGAGGAAGAAGAGAGGAGGAGGAGAGAGGAGGAGGAGAAGAAGAAGAGGAGGGAGGUGGAGGAGCAGAAGGAGGCCGAGGAGGAGGAGAGGAAGAGGAGGAAGGAGGAGCAGGGAGGGCUGACCUCCUACAGAGCUCUGUACUCCUUCAUCGCUCGCAACGCCGACGAGCUGAGCAUCGACGCCGACUGUCUCAUCCAGGUGGAUGAAAACACCGUCGGCGAGCCCGGCUGGCUGUGUGGGAGUUACCGUGGCAACAGGGGCUGGUUCCCGCACACUUACGCCGAGAAGUGUGCCCCGGCCUCCGCCAAUCAGACGGCGGCUUCUUCGCCGGGAAAAACGAGCCGCCUGCCUCCGCCGCUGAACGCCAGAGGCCCAGAUGUUGAGGAACCAGGUGAACACACAGCUCCUGUCCAAUCAGAUGCCUCAGAGCCCUCCUCCGUCGCCCUGCUGGUCCGGGCCGUCUCCUCCUGGUCGGCCUCCUCAGAAACCCGCCCCGGCGUCUCCUGCGGGCCCGGCGACGUCAUCACGGCGCUGCUGAGCUUCUCGGCGGGCGACGUCAUCAGCGUGCUGCAGCAGAGGGAGGACUGGUGGCUGGGCCAGCUGAACGGGACGCAGGGCUGGUUCCCCAAAAGCUACGUCGCCGUGGAGACGGGCUCAGAGUACGAACUCGAUGCUGUGGACUCGCCGGACGGCGUUCAGCUGGAAGAGUACGUGGCCUUGUACACCUACGAGAGUCCGGAGGCGGGAGACCUGACGUUUGUGGAGGGGGACGUCGUCAUGGUGACGGAGAGGGAGGGCGAGUGGUGGCGAGGAUGCAUCGGGGACCAGACGGGGGUGUUUCCCUCCAACUACGUCCGGCCGGUGGAGCCAGAGCCGGAAUUGUGUCAGGUCAUCGCCAUGUACGACUACGCUGCAGCCAAUCAGGACGAGCUGAGCUUCUCCAAAGGUCAGCUGAUCAACAUCCUGGACAAGACCAACCCUGAUUGGUGGAAAGGGGAAGCGGGCGGAGUCACCGGCCUGCUGCCCACCAACUACGUCAAGAUGACAACAGAGUCGGACCCGAGUCAGCAAUUAUGGCUAACAGUUUUCUCUGAUAUUCCUGCCCUUGUCGUCGGUCAGAUCUUGGAACACACCCCGGAGGUCCACGCAGACCGAAGCCCUCUGAGAGAAGCUCUGGAACGAGCCGAGGAACUCUGCUCUCAGGUCAACGAAGGCGUCAGGGAGAAGGAAAACUCCGACCGACUGGAAUGGAUUCAGAGCCACGUCCAGUGCGAAGGGCCGAUAGAGCACUUAGUGUUCAACUCUCUGACGAACUGCCUCGGGCCUCGCAAGCUGCUGCACAGCGGUCGACUGUACAAAACCAAGAGCAGCAGAGAGCUGUGGGCUUUCCUCUUCAAUGACUUCCUCCUGCUCACCCACGGUGCCAAACCCUUCUCCUCCUCGGGAUCCGACAAGUUAUUCAGCCCCAAAACCAGCAUCCAGCUCAAGAUGUACAAAACGCCGCUGUUUCUGAACGAGGUGUUGGUGAAAAUGCCGCCGGAUCCUUCCAGCGACGAGCCGAUCUUCCACGUCUCACACAUCGAUCGGGUCUACACUCUGAAAACUGAGACUUUAAAUGAGAGGACGGCGUGGGUCCAGAAAAUCAAAGCAGCUUCUGAACACUUCAUAGAGACGGAGAAGAAGAAGAGAGAAAAAGCUUAUCAAGCCCGUUCUCUGAAGACCAGCGGCAUCGGUCGACUCCUGGUCACCGUCACCGAAGCUCAGGAGCUGAAGGCCUGCAAACCCAACGGUAAGAGCAACCCGUACUGCGAGCUGACCAUGGGCGCCCAGUGCUACACCUCCAGACCCGCCAGCGACACUCUGAGCCCAAAGUGGAACUUCAACUGUCAGUUCUUCAUCAAAGACCUGUACCAGGAUGUUCUGUGCAUCACCGUGUUCGAGAAGGACCAGUUCUCCCCCGACGACUUCCUGGGUCGCACCGAGGUUCCCGUGGCGACCAUCAAGAAGGAGAUGGAGAGCAAAGGAGCGGCGACCCGCCGGCUGCUGCUGCACGAGGUGCCGACCGGAGAGGUCUGGGUCCGACUGGACCUGCAGCUCUAUGAGCCCAGCAAGUGAGGAGAUGAGAACUCCGUCUGGCACCAGAACAAUCACACAAAGUGCCUUUUAACGCUCGUCUUGGAUCUGAGCUUCUACUGACCUCAGACCAGCUCUAAUGUGAAUCUGACUGCAAAGAGCUUCUGACUGGACUCAGGUCUUAACUGUAGAUCUGCUGAACGGUUGACAUUUGGUUCAUCCACAUUUCAUAUGUUUUACUGCUGAUGGAAUAAACAUCACAGACAAACUAA